GUGUGCACCCGCACGUGUUUACUUGUGUAGGGUUGCUAUUAGUAUUGCGUUUGUCUAUUCAUUUAUCUUUCAUCAGUCUCAUCCUGUGUGUUUAUUCAUGCAACACAAAGUCACGCUAUAUAGCGUGGAAGUCGAUUUCUGUCGCCACAACGUUUUUUGCGGGUGGCAGAAGGUCAAUAGUCAUAUAAGCGAUAUUGCAACCGUGAUUAAUGAGCUAUUACACCGUGACCUUAUGACCAUUAAGCUCGGUGCAACUAAACAACACGUUAAUGCCGGCGUUAAUGACUUAUUCACUGCCCUUGCAUUGGCACCGGCCACCUCAGGGGCUGGGAAACGUCGUCGGCUGCACUCGAGGGGGAAGGGCGGCCACUUCAUCACUUGCUCACGCUGGAGCGGCGCUGGCCUUAGAAGCUCGCCUGCGUAGACUCUUCCGAUCAGACCUGCUGUGCUACCGCUGCCUGAAGAACAACUGCUUGGGGAGAUGAGGGAGCUGAACAUGGACCCUCCUCUGUUCCUCUACAGGCUCUUAGGCGGCUUGCCGUAUACCUGGCACCACAGGGCUGGCCAGACCGCUCCGGCGAGCAGGGACCGCCUGGGAGAUUUGUGGAAGAGUGCCGCGUGGGGGAUCUGGAACUACGUGUUCGGGGGAAUAAUCCUCGGCUACUUCGCGUUCGCCGCCAGGGGAGUGAAGGCAGUUUUCUCCGACUGUGCAAAUACAUUGACCGUCAUCAGCGGAAUUGAAGACCUAUUUGGCGUGUUUACCACCUUCUCUCUCCGCGUCCACAUGAUUGGGAAGUACAGACGCUUAGCGACGGCGCUUGCUGCAGUACACGCAAUAUGUGAGAAGUACGAAUUUCAAGCAAAACCAUACUGGAAGGACAGGAAGUUCUUUUACAUCUUCAUGUACAUUUCAUUCGGGUUUAUUUGCAUAACUUACGGACACGUGUCAAUGGCUCUUGAGAAUGGCUGGAAGUCAAAGCACCCUAUGGCCAUCUUUGAAGCCACCGUUAAGCCAAGCGUCUUGGGAACCGCUAUGCUACUGUACGCCAGGAUGCUCGAUGUCCAGGCUUACGCGUAUGAAAAUCUGAUCGACAUAGCGACCGAACGCAGCAACGUGGUGCUCAACAUCCAAAUGCUGGCGUGGUCCGCCGACGCGAGGGGCCGCCGAAAGGCGAGCCAGGCCCUUGAGCCGGAGGACGUCGAGGACCGCAUGGACUACUUCGACGGCUACCGAGCCAAAACCUUCAUCCUUGAACUCUACGACGCUUCCAUGAAGGUUAAGAAGUACUUCGAGUUCCUGGUCGCCCUCACCCUCACGCACGCCAUCAUCAGCGCCAUCGUCAGCUCCUUCGAAGCGGUCAGCAACAAGAAUCUGAACAUCAACAGCGGCAUCGCGACCGUGGGGGGGCUGGUGAUGACGCUCUCGCCGGUGUUCUACAUCACCAACGCCCCUCACAACCUCAGCGUGGCGAAACAAAACGCGAAGCUGUCUCUAAUCAAGUAUCGAUGCCAACAAAAAUAUGAACAUUUGAAGGAAGAGGUAAAGUAUAUCAUAUCACGAGAUACAUAA